AUGGGGAAUUCUAUGUUAUCUGAGUCCAGGUUGGUUCAUCAGGUACUUUCCCCCCACCCUUUCCCUCCUCCUCUCCUGCAGCUCCUGCAAGCGGCUACAAACUACCGCAACGGGCACACGGGUCAGCUCUCGGCCAUCACGGCCUCCUUGCUCUUUGCAGGGUCCUUGGCGCGGAUCUUCACCUCCAUCCAGGAGACAGGUGACCUGCUCAUGGCCCUGACCUUUGGGGUCUCCUCUUUCUGCAACGGUGUCAUCAUGGGGCAGCUCCUCUACUACUGGAACGUCCCAGUCGACAAGCACAAGAAGGCCUAGGAGCCGACCGGAGAGUCUCGUUCCGCAUAUCAAGGCAGGGAGAGAAGAGGCCUCCCAUCUUCCUUCCGGCUGCUCUAGGAACACACUGCUCUCUAUCCAUGCGCCCUGAGCCAAGGGACGGUGCUGCCUGCUGUGUUUGGGAAUCAAUGCUGCCUCAAUGGGACUUGAGAGAUGGAAAAAGGAAGGGGAAAUCACUGUACGGGUUUUAAUUUUACUACGAAAUAUAACUCUCCCGCAU